UGUAGAAACUAUUUUGCCUACUUCACUUCUGCUAUUCAUUUCAUACUGUCCCAUUGUGAUCCAGGGCUAUCAGGAGAGCUACCCAAUCCCAGAGGGCCAUCGUGGCUUCAUCAGUGAUGCCAGACUUCUGCAGAUGCAGAGAGCUGAGAGAGAGGCCAUGGAAGUAAAGCAAAGAAAGAUAAGUGCUAUCCAUGAGAAUUAUGUCCGGACUGCUCUCAUCGGGGUUGGCAGCACCUUCGCGCACCACUUCGUCCCCUCUAUUCAGUGCAUUCCGUGCCCGACAGCUCCACCGAGGCCUUUGCCACGAAGGCUUGAACACAUAGCUCUGGCCCCACUUAAGAACGUGGUAGGGGUGGACGGAGCCCAAGUUCGACCCGGAUCUCACUCUCUGGAGUCCCUCCAGGUAAAUAAGUCAUUCAGCAGCAGUAGCGUGUGGCCUGUUCCCGUCCCUCCCACUGGAGCUCCCUCCAAGAGGGGCAAGAAGAAGAAGGGCAGGCGGGGAGUCAAAGCCCUGAAAGUCCAGUCGGACCAGGGCUGUGCUGACAACAACGGACCCAUUGACCUGAUUGAAGAGGUGAGGGACAUCGAGACUCACCUGAAGGAGGAGGCCUGGAAGGUGGUACAUGAGGUGAAGGCCAUGGGCAGGAGAAGUUUGGGCUCGGCCAUGUCCAUGGGGGAAAUAGCCACCAGCUCUCUGGGAAGCCUGAGCUCAGGGGAUAUGAACACCCCUGCGGAGGUCCGUGACUACCUGGAUGUCGGGACCCCGGUCAAGUCGCGUGACAGCCCAACCAGGCCUGCUCCCCCUCCUACCAAGCCCAGGAGCAAACUGCCUCGGCCCAUAAGGUUCCUUAGCCUGACAAAGGCUGUCACCGGCUCAGACAAGAAGGCAGCCAGUGAGCCAAAGGGCCAAAUGAAGAAGAGUCAGGACCAGGCCAGAUUGCAGCCCCUGUCCAACACAGAGCAGGCCCUGACUAAGACCUUCAAGCUGCUCCACUCUGCCUCUGAUGACUGGGAGAAGAAGAUCGAGGGCUUGACCUCUCUCCGUGUGAUGGCUCAGAACCACAUGGACAUACUGAUGCCUAAACUCCAUGAUAUCUGCCUUGCCAUUAUAAAUGAGGUGAAGAACCUGCGCUCUGCAGUGUCCUGUGCUGCCAUGGCCACACUGGGUGACAUGUACAUCCACCUCCAGAGGGCCAUGGACAGUGAAGUGGAGGGGACGGCAUGCGUGCUGCUGCACAAAGCCAGCGAGGCCAACACCUUCAUCCGGCAGGGCGCCAACUUUGCCCUGGGUCACAUGGUGCAGAGCUGCACCCCUACCCGUGUCAUGAAUGCCCUGCUGGUCGGUGGGCUGAGCCACCGUAACGCUGCGGUGAGGAGCUGCACUGCUCAGCACCUGGAGAGACUGGCUGAGGUCAUGGGGGUGGCUCGUCUCCUGUCGGGGAAGAAAGACCUCACUGACCGUUUCUUGAUUGCCGUCAGUAAACUGGCUGUGGACCCUGCACAGGAAGUCAGGUGGGAAGUUCCUCCUGUAAAGUAG